GCCGUGCUGGCCGUUUGCCCGCUGGACUGGGACGCCGCGGGGAGGUGCCGCGACGUGAUCUUGACCAAGUCGACUGGCCCGAGCAUCUUCGCGGACAACGAAAUGGUGACCAAGAUGCUCGACAAGAAGAUGGGGCUCAAGUUCGUGAGGCGCAUGCGCACCCAGCUCGCGACGUACAUCAUCUCAAGUUUGGGGUCCCAUCAAUUUCCUUGCCGCAUGGGCCCGUCCAUGGAGAGCAAGCCCUAUGUCUCGGAGUCGUUGAGCCCUGUCUUGAAGGCCCUGGAAGAGGCCAGCAACCCUGCGCUCGAGGAUGACAACCAGCUGACGCCAGGCAACCUCCUGCAUGCCUUGAUGUCUGAG